CUUUGAAGUUGUCAUGCUGGACAUCAAUGACCGGCACCACCAUCGAUGACGUCAUGACCACAGGCGGCGGGGAAAGUCUACGACGACGCUCGAACUUGCGCGGCUCAGGCGGCGGACUCACUAAGAGGCGAGACGGCGCGAUGUGUGUGUUAUGUUGUCAAAUGUGAGGACUUUGUGAGAAAUAAUCAUCUUUUAGCGACGAGCGAAGGAAAACAUGGGCACGCGGGCGGCGAUCCACGGGGUCCUGUGAGUGGAGUGGCCGACAACACCUUGCCUGUUUUCCCGCUUUAAGAAUCUCCAUAAAAAUCUUAAAAUUCCAGUUCCAUUUGAAUUAAAAUCACUAUUUAAUAAUCAUAUUUUCCAUUAAAUCUGUAUGUGUUGUGUAGAUUUUUCACAAUUCUACACGCGCUUUCUGUUUUGUUCAGGCGCUUGACGAGGACGACUAUAUUACGUCUCCAAGCUUGGGUCGCCAUUUUGGCUCAAACAAAGUCAGAAACAUUCGCUGAAAAGAGGAAUAAUUUGUUUUUAACUCGCCUUCAAAAGUCUCGCAGAGGAGCAGCGUUUUGUUUUUGGAGCUACGACUUCAAGUCUGGUGAAAACAUCGACGUUUAAGGGAAGAUGAGAAGCAGCAGGAGUUGUGUGAUGAUAUAGUGGACAUAAUCCAUCCAUUGUCUACCGCUUCGUGGACAUAAUGGGCGGCUGCUCUGCGCCUCACUGUUCCAACUCCACCAGCAUAGGCAAGCAGCUCUUUAGGUUCCCCAAAGAUCCUGUCAGGAAGAAGAAAUGGGUUGUGAAUUGCCGACGGGAUUUUGAGCCAACUCCACACUCCAGACUCUGUCAGGACCAUUUUGAACAGAGUCAGUUUGAGGAGAUCGCAAAGUCUGCAGCGGGAGGAAAGAAACUGAAGCCCAAUGCCAUCCCGACUCUCUUCAAUGCUGGGGAGCCUCCAUACCCUGCUGUCACCACACCGUUCCUCGUCCUACCCCUCCAACCUGAGCUAGUGGAGAAAGAAGCCAAGGUGGGCGACCACGGCUACGCCCGCCGCACACCUGUGGUGGUCCUGGAGGAAGUGGAGGGUGAGAGAAGUGGUGUGGAGCAGCUGUGGUGCUCACAGUGUCACCUGCUGAAGAAGCAGCUGGACAAGGAGGUGCACAACACUGCAAGACUGCAGAAGGAGGCAGAGGAGAUGAGAAAGCGCCUCUACCGACUGGACCAGAUUGAGAAGGGACUCCAGAACUUUCUUUACGAGGACCAGAUCCGUGCCUUGUCCCUCAGCAAGCGCUCUCGCCGCGCCGUCUGGUCCCCGGAAACCAUCCUGAAGGCCAGAAAGAUCCGCAGCACGGUCGGCACCAAGGGCUACGAGUACCUCCGAGAGCUGGGAUACCCGCUGCCCUCGUACCGGACUCUGUGCAACCGCCUGGAGACCAAGAUCAUGGUGACCACGGACAUGAGCUGCGAGGAGCUGGCGGAGCUGGGCCUGGGACUGAUGGCCACCUGCGACAGCCCGACGGGAGGCGUGGGGGACAACGACGAGGAAGACCUGAUCGCCGUCUUGUCCUGAUCCGGGGUAUUUGCUCGGUCCGUGGACUCUGCUCAGGCCAAGGUAGGCUCAGAUCGCAUCAAGUGCUGGCCUCAGAGCAGAUACAGUAUUCGGGCUGGCUGUUAGAAGUCUGGGAUUUGCUCCCGGACCAUGUCAUCCCUGGCAAAGUGGAUUUUCAUAACACAAAAAGAAUCGGUCCCCACAAGGCCAAAACCGUUUUUUGGUGUGUAAACCAGCCUUACUGUGCCACACCUUUUUAAUACGGCAGAUGAAGAGACUAUUACUUCUCAAUAUGGUUGUCAGACGCUUCUAUGUAAUGUUAAGCAAGCUCCAAUGUUUGUGAAUGUGUGAAUUUGCUGUCUGCGUUCACUCUGACAACCCUGCGCUAGCAUGUAGCAUGUCACAUGUUACGAGGAAAAACUCCAAAUAAAGUAAUAUAAGAAUACCAA